AAUGAGUUUAACAUUUGAGAGACUGAAGAAAUAAGAUUUAUUAUUAUCAGCAGUGUUAUAUGAGAAAAUCCCUAAAGAAGAAUUAAUUCAACACUUGAGUCAAGUAAGAGGAGAAUAAUUUGAUUUAAUUGAUUCUUGGGCUUAUGAAGCAUUAGAGGCUGAAGUAAAGUCGAUGGUAGAGAAAAAGCAUGAGGAAUUUAAGAGGACCAGGUAUUAAUAUAAAAUAUCUAUAGAACAAUGAGUAUGGAAGAAGAAAUCCUAAUUAAACCAAAUGUGAUAAUCAAUGAUGAAAAGAAUUAUAGAGAGACUAUAUAAUGUAAACAACUGGCUCCAAAUAGAAUCGUAUUGUAUUAUGUUGAGAAUCCUCAGAUUAUCAUACAACCCAGAAUUCCAGAAUAUAAGAUAAUUGAAGGGAAUACAUUUACUCCAAAUUAUGUGAAUUAUUGUGUAGUUGUUGGAUAAUUUGGAUCUAAUGUAUGGAGAAGAGUUGAACAUUUUUAUUGGUUAUAAGAAGCAUUACAAUAAUAAUAUCCUGAUAGUUUGAUACCACCACUCCCAGCAAAAACAUUAUUCAGAAAAUUCACACCUGAACAUAUAUCUAAAAGAUGUAAAAUGUUAGAACAAUUUUUGAGUGCCAUUCUUAAUAAUCAUUUAUUAAGGUAGUCUGACUUUAUUGAAGGCUUUUUAUUUUUAGAUGAUGAUAUCAAAUUUAAAUAAUUAUAAGCUUCAUCAACAGUCUUAAAAUAACCAACAAAAUAUAGUGAUUAUGCUAAUUAAGAAGGUUAAGUCAUUUUGGAAUUUAAUCCUAUGAUGGAUAAGUAUUUUAUGGAUAUUAAUAAGUAAUAACAUUUAAAUAAUUAGUUAUAUGUUAAAUACUAAUGAUAUAUACAAAGAGUUAACAGAUAAUUCAAGAUUUAUGGUCAAUUCAAUGAAAGAUUUCAUAGUCAAAGUUAAGAAUUUAGCUGGAAGUAUUGGUUCUUUAAAGGAAGCUACAAAAGCCUUUAAUUUAAAAAAUAUUGUUGGUAGUCUUCCUUUAUUAGAAUUUGUUUAUACUCUACUGGAAGAAUAUUUUGUAGAUUGGAGUACCAAUUUAAAUAAGUUGGUAAACACUUUAAAUGAAAAUCUAUAUGAAUUCUUUAGAUUUUAAAGAGAUAUGUAAAAUCAAUGUGUAGAAUUAAUUUCCAAUAGAAAUAGAGCCUAAUGUAAGUAUCUAAAGGAGUUCUAGGAUUUAAUGAAGAAGAAACACAAAUACUUCACAACAGAGCCCAUUGAAAAGUGGGAGAUGAUUACUGAAAUAGAUAAAAUAAAAAUAAAAUAAAGUCAAAUACUUUCCUACCAUUUUAUGUUACCAAAAGAAACUCAAGAGGUUGAAGAAUUGAAAAUGAGAUUUGCAUAUAUCAAUAGAUAAGCAUAUUAAUAGAUUACUUAAUAUUUUGAUAAUAAAGGUAUCUCUUAUACAACUAGAAUGUGUAAUAUGAGUAUAAGGAAAAAGGAAAAUGCUGCUUAACAUACAUAAUAUGUAGAAAAGAUAGCCUCAUAAUUCAUGUAGAUUGUGGCAAUGAGAAAUGGUGAAAUUCCAAAUUUGAAAUAAGAAUGGAUAGAUCAAUAUCUAAAUCCACUUAGAAUUAGUUGUAUAAUUAGAUGAU